ACCAUUGUGCAGUUGGGUUUAUAACUUAACCACACAAUUUAUAUUCCUAUACCAUUUUCUUUAACACACACAAAAAAAAAUUGUUCAUAACAUAAAUUCCAUAACUUGUGUUUUUCUCAAGCUGAUCAAUCUUGAAGUUGAAGAUUAAUCAGAAAAUGGAGAUGAACAAGAAAGAAAUUGAGCUUCAAGAUACCGAGUUAAGACUAGGAUUACCCGGUACCGAGUUCAAAACUCAGGUUAAUAAAAGAUCAUUUUCUGAUAUCAAUGAAGAGUCUACUUCUAAUGAUGACAAAUCUGGAAAGAACACUGCUCCAUCUCCAAAGGCACAAGUAGUUGGUUGGCCUCCAGUUAGAUCCUACAGGAAAAAUUGCCUUCAAGCAAUUAAAAAAGAAGCAGAAGUUGGAGGAAAUUACGUUAAAGUUAGCAUGGAUGGAGCUCCUUAUCUUAGAAAGAUUGACAUGAAACUUUACAAUGGUUAUGCAGAACUUCUUAAGUCCUUGGAAGACAUGUUUAAAGUUACAGUUGGUAAAUACUCAGAGAGAGAAGGGUAUAAUGGAUCAGAAUUUGUACCAACUUAUGAAGACAAAGAUGGAGAUUGGAUGUUGGUAGGAGAUGUUCCAUGGGAAAUGUUCAUUAAUUCUUGCAAAAGGCUGAGAGUUAUGAAAGGAUCAGAUGCAAGAGGCUUGGGUUGUUUGGCUUAAAUAUUUAUAUAAAAAAAAUAUAUAGCGGAGUCUAUUUUUUUCGUAAAUGGAAACUUUUUUUAAUUUUAAAUUUUUGGAAAAAGGAGUAUUUUUUUUUCAUGUACAUUUGGGAGAUGAUCAUGUUUUGGAUCUGUAGCAUCUCAUUUUCAUGUAUAUAAUGCUCCUUAUAUUCUCGAAAGGACCUUUUUUUUUUUGGCGCAAAGUUCUGUAUGAUGAUUCUGUAUGUACAUAUAUAUUGAUGAAAGAAAAAGUUUUCUUUUCAUUUUGA